GCCGUGACGCUCAACGCAGACGCUCUCGGUGUCGGUCGUCGGAAGGAGCGCGGCAACCGCAGUUUUUGCGCACAUUUUACUCCGGACGUUGGAGAGCCUGGCAAUAUCUGAGGAAGAUCAUGGAGACGCUCCAGGAGUUCCUCCCAUUUGCCAAAGAAAUGCUGUCCCAGAAGCCCAGGAGAGGCAUGGUGAAGAUCUACCUGGUGGGCUCGGUCCUGGCUUUCUUCGGGGUCAUGAUCGGCCUGGUCGAGACCGUCUGUCAGCCCUUUACUGCACGGGAUCCCCUGGAUGAGGACCUGGCGCAACCGGCAGCUGCGGAGCAGCGGUUGGCGAAACUGGAAAAAAUCCGAAAGAGGGCAGAGGUAACGGCAGCGGCCCUUGAGGGGGAUGCGACCCAAACGAAGCACCCAGCAGUAGUGCGGCGGAGGAACUCGGCCAACCGCUUACAUGCCUCUUAAAGGACUUCUGUGAAUGGCACUUGCUGUGCAGCACAGGGUUUGUAACUUAUAAACACAGCCAAUAAGCUUCUUGUUUUUGUUUGGCAAAAGCUGGAUAUGAGCUGUGAUGCACUGCUUUGGCGGACCCCGCGGUCAGUCCGGUGUCGGGUCCAUGCUGAAACAUUUGAGUGUCUUUUGACCAGGAGACGUCAGUGAAGAAGGGGAGUGGAAAGGACCCCUGAAUGAGAGAACCUGAGACUCCUUGCUGCUGUGCAGCACAUAACCUCAGAGGUUUUGCAUUGUCAUGUGUAGCGGUGUCGCUGGAAAUUAAGAUAUCCAUAGACAUGCCACGUUGCCAUGUUUGACAGUGUUGCCGAUGUUACAUUUGUUAACUGUCCCAGUGGAGGAUUGUGACUGGAUGAAUGUCUUCAUAGGUUCUGUGCUGAAGCUUUCAUGAUGAAAAACUGAACCAAAUGCUUUAUUUGUACUUUUUUUUAU